AUUUACACAUUCGCCUUCACUGUAGCCAGAAGUGAAGAUUUCAAUGGAAAAGUAGAGGUAGCGCUACAUCGUUUCACUGUGAACUUCGGAGCUCGGCGGUCGGAUCAAGUCCUGCUAUAAAUUUGAAAUCUGCAAGAGGAUUACACAAGGAGUGCAGUUCCUGCCUCCACUAUGUCCGGUAAGGGCAAAUGGGGGGCCCUGAAGGAGAAGGUUGCCAGGACGGUCAGCAGCGGUUCCCAGGACGAGGCCGACGCGCGGCUGGAGGCCAACCUGGAGAACGCCGACCCGGAGCUGUGCAUCCGCCUGCUGCAGGUGCCCUCGGUGGUCAACUACUCGGGCCUGCGGCGGCGGCUGGAGUCCAGUGAUCGGGAGUGGAUGCUGCAGUUCCUGGAGCUGGGCAGUCUAGACCUGCUGAUGGAGGCACUGGAGCGUCUGUCGGGCCGUGGCUGUGCCCGCAUCGCCGACGCCCUGCUGCAGCUCACCUGCGUAGGCUGCGUGCGCGCUAUCAUGAACUCGGGCGCCGGCAUCAACUUCAUUGUCGAGGCGGAGGGAUAUGUGAGAACGCUGUCGCAAGCAUUGGAUACGUCCAACACCAUGGUGAAGAUGCAGGUGUUUGAGCUCCUGGCAGCUCUGAUCAUGUUCUCCCCUAAAGGGCGUGAGCUGUCUCUGGAUGCCCUGCAGCACUAUAAGACUUUGAAGAGCCAGCAGUAUCGCUUCAGCGUGGUGAUGAAUGAGCUCCACGCCACUGAUAACGUGCCGUACAUGGUGACCCUCCUCAGCGUGGUCAAUGCUCUUAUCUUCAGCACGGAGGAGUUGAGGAACAGGGAUCAGCUACGCAAGGAGUUCAUCGGUUUACAGAUCUUAGAUGUCCUACCAAAACUACGGGAGCAAGAGGAUGAAGACUUGCUCAUCCAGUGUGAGGCCUUCGAGGAGACCAUGGCGGAGGAUGACGAGGAGCUGCAGAGGGUGUUUGGGGGAAUUGACAUGAGCAACCAUCAUGAAGUCUUCAGCGUACUUUUCACUCAAGUGAGCAGCGGCCCAACCUCCGUGCAGCUCCUGACCAUCCUGCAGGCCUUGCUGCUGGUGGGCCCAGAGCGGGGGGACGUGUGGAUGGCCCUGGAGGCCCUGGCUGACCACGCCACGCUGCUGGCCCAGGACCCUGAAGUUCACUCCACUGAGCGGCUCAUGGCGCGCCUGCUGGCAGGUAAAGCCAGUCACCAGGAGACAGAGCAGGUGAGGAAGUCGCUCAGGAUGAGAGACCGGGCCGUGCAGACCGACCCUGUACAGGUGAAGGAGGCGGAGACCAAAGCAGAGGCAGCCGAGAUCGCCUCACAAGAAGGCCAGAAAACAGGAACCGCGCCACCUCCACCUCCACCACCUCCUCCACCCCCACCCCUUUCUGGGAUGCCCGGUAUGGGGCCGGGGCCACCUCCACCACCUCCUCCACCCCCACCCCUUCCUGGGAUGCCCGGUAUGGGGCCGGGGCCACCACCACCACCUCCUUUGCCCGGAAUGGGACCUCCACCACCACCUCCUUUGCCCGGAAUGGGACCUCCACCACCACCUCCUUUGCCCGGAAUGGGACCUCCACCACCGCCUCCUUUGCCUGGCAUGGCACCUCCGCCCCCACCUCCACCCGGUUGUGGGGACAUCAUCAUGGCACAGAAUGUCCAGACUCUGGGGCGAUCCUACUACGCUCCUCCACCAAAGCCAGGCCAUUACCCGACACUACGCAUGAAGAAGCUCAACUGGCAGAAGUUGCCUUCAAAUGUAGUAUCUGUCAGUCGCUCCUUAUGGAUGUCAGUUCAGUCUGACACAUUGGAGCCAGACUACUCCAGCAUUGAGCAGCUCUUCUCUCUGCCCGUGGUGGAGACCAAGGCCAAAGGGGCAACAGCACCAGUUGUUAAGAAGGAGCCCAAAGAGAUAUCAUUUAUUGAUGCCAAGAAAAACCUCAACUUGAACAUAUUCUUAAAGCAAUUUAAAUGUUCCCAUGAAGACUUUGUUGCGAUGAUUCGCAAGGGCGAUCGCUCUAAGUUUGACGUGGAGGUGCUGAAACAGCUGCAGAAGCUGCUUCCAGAGAAGCACGAGAUUGAGAAUCUAAAGUCUUAUGAUGGCGAGAGAGACAAACUUGCAGGUGUUGAUCAGUUCUUUCUGUUGCUGUUGGGUGUUCCUGGUUACCCACUGCGUAUCGAGUGCAUGUCACUGUGUGAGGAGACCACGGUGGUGCUGGAGAUGCUGAAACCAAGAGCAGAGAAACUGGACGCAGCCUGUGAUGGUCUGAAAGAAAGCUCCCGUUUUCCAAGCUUCUGCAAACUCAUUCUGGAUGUUGGCAAUUUCCUUAACUAUGGGAGUCACACUGGGAAUGCUGAGGGCUUUAAGAUAAGCACGCUGCUGAAACUCUCAGAGACCAAGGCCAACCAGUCCCGCAUCACUCUGCUUCAUCACAUAGUUGCGGAGGCCGAACAGAAUCAUCCCGACCUGCUGAAACUCCCAGAUGACCUGGAGAUAUGUGAGAAAGCCGCAGGACUCAGCCUGGACUCUGUCCAGUCAGAGGCCAACUCCUUGAUUAAAAGUCUGAAGAAUUCAGAAAAGGAAGUUGCCUCCUCAUCAGUAGAGGACAUCAAGGAACAGUAUCUGAAUGACAUCAAGGGCUGCUUGCACCACUGUGAAGUACUGGAGGAGCGACUGGCGUCUAUAGAGAAGAAGAAGGAGGACUUGGCGGAGUACUUCUGUGAAGAUGCCUCAUGCUUCUCGCUUGAGGAGCUCUUUGGGACCCUGAGGUCAUUCCGUGGCCAAUUCCUCAAAGCUAUUAAAGACAACCAGAGCAGAAAAGAACAGGCCAUCAGGAUUGAGAAGAGGAAGCAGCGGAUGGCCGAGGAGGACGCCAAACGAGAGAGAGGAGCGGACGGCAAGAUCUUACGCAAAAGCAUUCCAGUCCAAGAGGAAGGCUGCAUCAUCGACCACCUGCUGGCUGAUAUCAGGAAGGGCUUUCAACUGAGGAAGACCAGGCCACGACUAGACAAGGACAAACUGCCACCUGGUGGUAGAAACAGGGAUAGCAUCCAGCCCGAUCAGACCCCAAAACCUGAGGAAGCUUCCAGCACUGGCCCCUCUGAUGUCCUUGCAAACCCCGAAGUGACCAGUGCGCCUUUGGCUCCAAGCAGCAGCUCUCGGAACUCCAGUGAACCAGCGCCUCCACAGGGCGACCCUCCACCCACCUCCACCCAGCCCACACCACAACCAACUACACCCACCUCCACCCAGCCCACACCACAACCAACUACACCUACAUCAGGGCCACCCACCGCCCCCGCCACGGACUCUCUGGACCACUCCGGUCAGUCUGAGAGCGCGGCGCCCCUGACCGAGACGGACAAACCGUCCAACAGGACUAAAGCGGGGCUCGGGGAGAGUGCAGGGGUCCAGGACGCAGACCAGUCAGAUGUGAACGGGAAUGAGCUCUCUGCCGGAGCAGUGGGUCCAGCAACGGCAGGGAAUGGGAGCGAGGAGAGCGUUCCUGACGGUCAGGCGGGAGAGGAGCGGAAGGUGUCGGAGGAGGUGCCUGCUACUACGGGAGUGAGCGACACAGGAAAGAAAAAACGCCACUCGCUCAAUAAGAAUACGUUGAAAAAAAGCCAAGAUGGGAAAGCAGGAGACAAGCACAACAAAUCCCACAAAUUGUGUGUUGUGCAAUGAGGUGGCGCUAUGAAGAGAAACAAAAACAAGUCCAAAGUACACACAUCCAAACCAAAUAAAUAGAUGGACAUUUGAUUAUGGAAUUUUGUUAUCCAUGCAUGACCAAGUUUCCUGACUUUUGGGAAAUAAAUGAAUGAAGAUUAUCCCCAUCAGUGACUCUAGCAUGAACACACUGACUUGUGCCUGUUUAUUUGAAAAUAAAGUAGACAUGUCAUGUAGAAAGUGAUUGGAAUUCAAACACAUUUCAAAGAAAUGUGAUAAGCAAUCUUUACUGACAAAAAAUGUUUCUUCACUCUUCAGACCAACAAAGCUUUGGUCGCUGAAGUAUAAUUUCAAAAUACUAUAUUUUCGUACUAAGACAUAUGACAAUGUUUACAUUGCCAACUGUUACAUUUACUCUUAUUGUAUUUGACUGAAUGGGGGGAAAAUGGCAAUAAAAUGGCUGCUUCAUUUGUUUUCCAAA